CAAGUUGAAAACUGUUGCUGCCGCAACUUUUUUGUUUUUCCUUUUGGACGUUAUUUAUAUAUAGAACUUAGAAGCAGUUGCUUGAUAUUUUCAACGCAGCGUGCUUGUUUUUCACGCUACUGUGUCUGUGUGAGCGUGUAUGUGUGUGUGUGUGUGGGAUCGAGAAGUUUCUGCAGCUAUUGAAUUUAGGCCAAACGGUAUAAGAAAAGCGCAUAUUUUACCAAAAUCCAAACUGCAAAUUGUAUAAUCAUGACCACCGACGAUACUACUGCUGCCGCUGCCAUCAGCCACAAGGACAAGGGAAACGAAGCAUUUAAGGCCUCCCAAUGGUCGGAGGCAGUGCAGCAAUACAGUUUGGCCAUCAAGCUGGGAGCCAAGCACAAAGAGUUGCCCGUGUUUUACAAAAAUCGAGCUGCCGCUUAUCUGAAAUUGGAGCAGUACUCGAACGCUUUGGAUGAUUGUACAGAGUCGCUGCGUCUGGCACCCAAUGAUCCAAAGGCGUUCUUCCGACGUGCCCAGGCAUACGAGGCAUUGAGCAAACCGGAGGAGGCAUACAGGGAUGCCACGGCGCUGUUCAAGGCCGAUCCGGGUAACAAAUCAGUGCAACCAAUGCUGCAACGUUUGCAUCUUGUUGUGCAGGAGAAUGCAGCUCGUAAUGCCAAAACGUCAACAAAGGUUACUCAAAUGAUGGAACUCACCUUUGACAUCGCUGCUCCCAUCGAGAAGCGACGCUCAGCGGCCAAUAAUCUCGUAGUGCUGGCCAAGGAACCAGCUGGCGCAGAGCUGAUGUACAAGGAACAGUGCAUACCAAAAAUUGCUGUGCUGGCUAAAGUGGAGAAGGAUCAUGAUAUUUAUCUGAACAUGGUGCGUGUGGUGGCAUCUUUGUGUGAAAACAGCGUGGAGCGCACUAAAGGAGUUCUCACUGAACUGGGAAUACCGUGGUUCAUGCGUGUUCUAGACCAAAAGCACGAGGAUUGCGUAAGCACCGCCCAGUUUUGUCUGCAGAGCAUUAUUAAUGCGCUGUCUGGCCUAAAGAACAAGCCCGACGCCAAGCCCAACAAGGAGCUCUGUACUCGGAAUAGUCGGGAGAUUGAUUCAUUGCUCACGUGCCUGGUUUACAGCAUUACAGAUCGCACGAUUUCGGGCAAGGCACGUGAUGCUGUUAUUGAGUUGCUCACACGCAACGUACAUUAUACGGCUUUGGAGUGGGCGGAGCGUUUGGUGGAGAUACGCGGUCUGUGCCGCUUGCUGGAGGUGUGUUCCGAGCUGCAGGAUUACAAAUACGAGAGCGCUAUGGAUAUAACUGCCUCCUCGAGCACCAUUGCCUCCGUCUGUUUGGCCCGCAUCUAUGAGAACAUGUACUACGAUGAGGCCAAGCUACGUUUCACAGAUCAGAUCGAUGAGUUUGUUAAGGACAAGCUGCUGUCGCCCGAUAUGGAGUCCAAGGUGCGUGUGACUGUUGCGAUUACGUCGCUGCUCAGCGGCCCCCUCGACGUGGGCAAUCAAAUAGUGGCCAGAGAUGGUAUUCUACAGAUGAUACUGGCCAUGGCAACCACAGAUGAUUUGCUGCAGCAGCGCGUGGCCUGCGAGUGUCUAAUUGCUGCCUCCUCGAAGAAGGACAAGGCGAAGGCGUUGUGCGAACAGGGCGUGGAAAUACUCAAGGGACUGUAUCACUCGAAGAACGAUGCAAUUCGUGUACGCGCUCUCGUUGGCUUGUGCAAGCUGGGCAGCUAUGGAGGUCAGGAUGCGGCCAUACGACCAUUUGGCGAUGGUGCUGCCUUAAAGCUAGCCGAAGCUUGUCGCCGUUUUCUCAUCAAACCUGGCAAGGAUAAGGAUAUACGACGUUGGGCGGCCGACGGGUUAGCCUAUUUGACAUUGGAUGCAGAGUGCAAAGAGAAACUGAUCGAGGACAAGGCUUCCAUACAUGCUCUAAUGGAUUUGGCACGCGCAGGCGAUCAAUCUUGUCUGUAUGGCGUCGUCACGACAUUUGUAAAUUUGUGCAAUGCAUACGAAAAACAGGAACUGGUGCCGGAGAUGGUGGAGCUGGCCAAGUUUGCCAAACAUCAUAUACCCGAAGAGCAUGAGCUGGACGAUGUGGAUUUCGUUAACAAACGCAUCACUAUUCUGGCCAACGAAGGCAUCACCACGGCGCUUUGUGCGCUGGCCAAAACCGAAAGCCAUAACUCACAGGAGCUGAUUGCACGCGUGCUGAAUGCUGUCUGUGGACUCCAGGAGCUGCGCGGCAAGGUGGUUCAAGAUGGAGGCGUCAAGGCCCUGUUACGCAUGGCGCUGGAAGGCACCGAGAAGGGCAAACGACAUGCCAGCCAGGCGCUGGCACGCAUUGGCAUCACCAUCAAUCCUGAGGUGGCAUUUUCUGGCCAAAGGUCGUUGGAUGUUAUACGGCCGCUAUUGAAUCUGCUGCUGCAGGAUUGCACAGCUCUGGAGAACUUUGAGUCGCUGAUGGCCCUGACUAAUUUGGCCUGCAUGAAUGAGAGCGUCCGACAGCGUAUUAUUAAGGAGCAGGGCAUCUCGAAGAUUGAGUUUUAUCUUAUGGAGGAUCACUUGUAUCUGACACGGGCUGCUGCCCAGUGUAUCUGCAACUUGGUCAUGUCGGACGAUGUUGUGAAGAUGUUUGAGGGUGAAAACGAUCGCGUCAAGUUUUUGGCUUUGCUCUGCGAGGAUGAAGAUGAGGAAACGGCUGCGGCCUGUGCCGGUGCUCUGGCUAUGCUAACCUCUGUGUCGACCAAGUGCUGCGCUAAGAUUCUGGACAUUGCCAGUUGGUUAAAUAUAUUGCAUACGCUCAUUGCUAAUCCCAGUCCUUCGGUUCAACAUCGUGGCACUGUUGUCAUCCUUAACAUGAUCAACGCUGGUUCUGAAAUUUCCAAAAAACUCUUCGAUACAGACAUCAUGGAGCUGCUCAGCGGCUUGAGUCAGCUAGCUGAUGAUACUCGUGCCAAGGCCAGAGAAGUAGCCACACAAUGCCUGGCGGCGGCGGAACGGGAUCGCAUCAUCGAAAGAUCCGAUGACGCCGAAAUCCCAGAUGUCUUUGCCGAGAGUGCCAAAAUCACCGAAAUUGUCGACGACGAUUGAGUGCCUUCCCACAAGAGAAUCUAUUUUCAAUUAUUCAUUUUAUCUACUCACUUCUCAGCAAAUUUUUCACUGUGUCAUCUGGAAUUUAACUUAUAUUUAUUUUUGCCAAUUGUACUUAAGCUAAAAAUGUUCUAUUUAAAUCAUGUACGAAUUUAUAAUAAAUUCAGCAAAAUGUUUCGUUUAAAAA